AUUUCGGCACCGCACCAACGAAGAAGAACAACUGCGUCUGGUGCGUGUUCGAAAAACACGACGAGGAAGAAGUGGAUUGCAGUAAGGCCUGUCGUUGCCGUCCUCUUACUCCUGGUUUGCUGAUGUUGUCCCAUGUUCGCCGUUUUUUCCGUUCCUCCUCUGUCGCUCUUUUUACAUCCAGACAUUUUUCAGCUCAUCACAUGGAAGCUGUGUCCAUUCGACCGGUCGAGGCUUCCAUUCGCACCAAACUGACUCAGGCUCUCACUCCGGAUCACCUGGAGGUGCUGAAUGAGAGCCACAUGCAUGCUGUGCCCCCAGGCUCUGAGUCACACUUCAGAGUGCUGGUGGUGAGCUCACGCUUCGAUGGCUUGUCUCUGUUGCAGCGCCACCGCCUGGUCAACGAGACCCUGAGUCACGAGCUGAGCACCAGCAUUCACGCUCUCGCCAUCCAGGCCAAGACGCCUCAGCAGUGGAGCAGCGACCCGAGCCUGGCCAAGAGCCCACCGUGCCUCGGAGGAUCCAAACAUGACCGCACUGUGGCAGAGAAGCUCAGACCGGAAUCUGACUGAUCUGAUCCGGAGAACUUAUAGGCAAAAGAAACACUUUGAUAGAAAGUGUUUAAAUUUACUGCAGUCUGUAUAAUAAUAGACAUUACGGAGAUCAGCGAGUAGCUGGUCAGUAGCGUUUAAGUGUUGUUUAUUUAGCUUGCUAACAGCUAGCCAGGUUCACGGUGAUAUCAGAGAACAAAUAAACUCCUAAGUUAUCUUAAUAAUCUUUUUUUAGAGACAAUUAGCUUUUAAUGAUUUAGAUUUAAUCAAUACUUUUUCACCCUAUUCACACGUAUAUCUUUUGUUCAGGUUGCUAUCUCACUGUACUGAGUUAUCAUUAUUACAACUUAUUAUGACUGCAUUAAGUAUCUGCAUAAAGUUUUUACUGUUUUAUUUUUAA